GGUAUUUCUCUCAGGAGCGAGAAACAUUUGGACACCCCAGCCCUGGCCUAAAAUUCAAAACAUGUUGGCGUCGUCUGUGCGGAUUUCUCGAAAGGAUUUGGAUAACUGAGAUCAUGGCCACCAAAGUAGAGCAGCAGUACAAGCUGCUGAACUCGGAGCUGAUGGAGCAGGUGCAGAAGCAGCGCCUGGAGAUCGGCGAGUACCGGAAGCGGGUGAUAGCGCUGGAGCGCGAAAACAUGGAUCUGCGGGAGGAGCACAUUCUGGAGAAGGAUCGCCAGCGGCUGGAGAACAUCGGCAUCGUGCGGAGCCUGAUGCAGCGCCUGAACGUGAACAGCGAGUGCCUGGAGACAGGGGUGGCCCAGGAGCCGGCUGCCGUGGUCAGCAGACCAACUGGCCCGCGUCGCAGCUCCAGGGAGAUCUGCCAGGACAUUCGCGUCACUUGCGCCUUGGCUCGCAACACCAGAACCACCUCUCCCAGGAGAUCGACCAUUCGCUCAAGUCGCCGUUCCAGCGCAGAGGUGACUCCCGAAGUGGAGGCCACAAAGGUGGCGGAGAAAAGGAGAGCGCUGAACACACCGCCUCCCCGCAGACCCGCGGAGUUGAUGUUCGAUGAGGAAGAGUCGGAGGAGGAAUGUGAAUACGGCGAGGGAGCCAGGACUGACGAAAACCUGGGCACUGACCAGAACCAGGAGAACAAGCUUUUCAGCAUCAUUGAGGAAAACGACAGCGAGACCGAGACCACAGACUCGUCCUCGUCCUGCGAGGCCAUCUACUGCGACACCACCAUAGAAAGCAGUCCCACGAAUGCCCAAACUACCGCCCCUCCCUGUGGGCGAGCUCUGCGGGAAGUGGACGCCAAUGUCCCAGAGGUCGUGUCGCUGAGGCGGGGGAAAGAGCCUGUGAAAUCCAGGCUGGCCUUAGAGGAUUCCAGUCGGACUGUUCCCGACUUCGAAGAGGAUUCCCCCCAAGAGCCGUCUGUACUGCGCUCCAGACGAGCUGCCGCUAGAACCAAACACUCGUCUGUUCCCGACGUUGAAGGGGAGUCUGUGCAUGACCCCGGUAAACAGCGCACUAGAAGAGCUGCUUCUAAGCCUAAAAACUCGUCUGUCCCCAACGUUGAAGUGGACUCCGUACACGAGCCAAGUAUGCAGCGCACCCGACGGUCUGCCACUAGGCUCAAACACUCCUCUGUCCAAGGAGCUGAAGAGGAUUCCGCUAUGGAGCCGAGUAUACAGUACGCCAGACUGGCGGUCACUAGACCCAGUCACUGCUCUGGCAUCUUUCCCGAUGUCAACGGAGCCUCGCCGCGGCGCAGCAUGUUCAAUGGCAUUGGCCAAGUGGCCGGCAGCACCAGCACUCCCAUUGCCCAAAGGCACAGAACUACGGCGCAGAAGAAAUCGGAGCAGAUGGAUACGUCCAGUUCUUGUUUCAGCUCCAUCAGCCGGCCGAGUCGAAGCUGCAGGCCCACCAGUUUGGCGGAGCCCAGUCUGCGGAAGAAGUUGCGCAACGAAUCGAAGGGCGAGGCCAAGAAGUAGACACCACCAUCGGUUCUUAUGCUAGUGUUAUUGUCUCGUAUUUUAAUCCCAUUUUAUACAAUUGCAUACUUUAAAAGCGUGAGAUCACGUUACUUUAAAUCUCGCUAACACAUUAUAUUUAGAACAGAAUAGACUGUUACGCGCUUGUAAAAGCGGUCGAAUUCGCCCCACCCAGAGAUCGGAAGGAAGACUCAUCAUCGUCCAAAGAUGCCAAUAGGAAUUCAUGUUUGUACGGCUUAAUGUUACCCCCUAGAAUUUUUGUGAAUAAAACAACGUCCAAGUUCAA